AUCAUUUUUACAACAAAAAUUUCUAACAAAAAUUGUUACAAAAAAUAAUUUACUUUUGGGAAAGUUUCAAACACAACAAAUAAUCUCAAUCAUGUCGCAGUCGCGCGUGUCGGUGAAUCUGCCCACGAACCUCAAGUCCUCCUCGCUGGUGAAGGAAACGAAACUCAAGGUGACAUACCCGGUGGCCCGUAAGGAUGAGUCCGUGAGCGAAACCAUUCAUGAGACCAGCGUGACGGAUGUCUAUCGUUGGCUGGAGGAUCCCGAGGCACAGGAGACGCAACGUUUCAUCGAUGCCCAGAACGGCAUUAGUCAGCCGUUUCUGGAGCAGUGCGACGAGUGGCAGAAGAUUAAUACGAAGCUAACAAAGCUCUGGAACUAUCCGAAAUAUGGCACACCCAUGAAGAAUGGCAGCUUUUAUUAUUACUACAAGAACACGGGACUGCAGAACCAACAUGUGCUCAUGCAGCAGGCGUCCCUGCAGGAGGAGGGUCGCGUGUUCAUUGACCCGAAUGAACUGUCCACCGAUGGCACCACUGCCAUGAGCCAGGCCUCGUUCUCCGAUGAUGGGGCCUAUAUGGCCUAUGGCCUGAGCGAAAGUGGUUCCGAUUGGGAGAAGAUACGCAUACGCGCGGCCAAGGACUGCAAGGACUUUGACGAGGUGCUCGAGAAGGUCAAGUUCACAUCGAUUGCUUGGACAAAGGACAACAAGGGCUUCUUCUACGGCCGCUAUCCGUGCCAGGAUGGCAAGACCGAUGGCUCGGAGACGAAACAGAAUGAGCAUCAGAAGCUAUACUAUCAUCGCGUGGGUGAAUCGCAGGACAAAGACACAAUGGUGGUGGAGUUUCCCGAGCAGCCAUCGUGGCGCACCAUCAGCGAGGUCUCCGAUUGCGGCAAUUAUCUGAUUUUAUACGUCAGCUAUACAGUGCGCGAUAAUCUGCUCUACUAUGCGCAUAUCAAGCCGGAUGAGGAGAUCUGUGGCCCACUGGAAGUCCAUCCGAUUGUGGAUAAAUUCGAAGCGGAUUAUGAAUUUGUCACCAACGAGGGCACUCAGUUGUACUUCAAAACCAACAAGAAUGCGCCCAAUUAUCGUUUGGUGAUGAUUGAUGUGGAAAAUCCUGCGGAAGAGCACUGGAAAACGGUCAUACCCGAGCACGCGAAGGAUGUCAUUGAGUGGGCCUUGUGCGCCCAUCAGAAUAAGCUGGUGAUUUGCUACAUACGCGACGUAAAGAAUGUCCUGUACGCCUACGAGCUGGCAACGGGCAAAAUGUUGCAACAAUUUGAUCUGGAUAUUGGUACACUGGCGGGGGUUUCCGGCGAAAAGAAAUACUCUGAGAUUUUCUACAGUUUUUCGUCGUUUCUCACACCGGGCAUCAUCUAUCAGUAUGACUUUGCCAAGCCCGAGGAGAAGCCGAAAGUUCAUCGUGAAAUUAAACUGAAUUUGGAUGGAUUCUCGCGGGACGCGUAUGCCGUGGAGCAGGUGUUCUACAAGAGCAAGGACGACACUGAUAUUCCCAUGUUCAUUAUCCGCAAGAAGCGCGACACCAUUGAGCCGCGUCCUUGUCUGCUCUAUGGCUAUGGGGGCUUCAAUCACAGCUUGAUGCCUUCGUUUGGCAUCACAGCGCUCACGUUCAUGGACGCCUUCGAUGGGGUUGUGGCAUAUCCGAAUCUACGCGGCGGCGGCGAAUAUGGCAUCAAGUGGCACAACGCCGGCCGGCUGCUAAACAAACAGAAUGUCUUUGAUGAUUUCCAAGCGGCAGCCGAAUACUUGACGUGCAACAAAUACACCACCAAGGAUCGUCUGGCCAUCCAGGGUGCCUCGAACGGGGGCCUGCUCGUUGGGGCAUGCAUCAAUCAGCGUCCGGAUCUGUUUGGCGCUGCUGUCGCCCAGGUGGGUGUCCUGGACAUGCUGCGCUUCCACAAGUUCACCAUUGGCCAUGCCUGGUGCUCCGACUAUGGCAAUCCCGAUGACAAGGAGCACUUUGUGAAUUUGCACGGCUACUCGCCGUUGCACAAUGUGCACACGCCGCAGGACACAUCGAAGGAGUAUCCCGCCACAUUGAUUCUCACUGCCGAUCACGAUGAUCGUGUCAGUCCGUUGCAUUCGCUGAAGUUUGCUGCUGCCCUCCAGGAGGCUGUACGUCAAUCGGAGUUCCAGCAUAAUCCGAUACUCUUGCGGGUCUACACCAAGGCGGGACAUGGUGCGGGCAAGCCCACAGCAAUGCGCAUCAAGGAGGCCACCGACAUACUGUCCUUUUACUUGAAGAGUUUGACCAUGGAUACGGUCAAUCUUUGAGCAGAAUUCACACAGUAGCAGCCAUAGCAUAGACACACAGAUACAGACCAGAGAUACCUUGAGAUACAGACAAUACAGACAGCAGCAGUUACCAGCAGCAGCC